AUGUUUGUUUUCGCGCCUGGAACCAAAUUACAUGAACACGACUUGUAUUUGGAAAACCAGAUCAUUUUACAAGAUAAGGCAACGGCAUUGGCAGUACAUUUACUAGCUCCUCCUCCGGGUAGUGUCGUGUUGGAUAUGUGUGCAGCGCCGGGCAUGAAGACGACACAACUCGCUGCUUAUUUAAAGAAUCAGGGAAUGAUAUAUGCGGUGGAAAGAAAUGAACAACGAUAUCAAACACUCUGUGACUUUGUAGAGAAAACCGCAUCGAAAUGUGUUGAAACAAUUCAUAAGGACUCCUUAGAGAUAAAAAGGGGCGAUUAUGAUGAUGUCGAAUACAUCAUUCUAGACCCAAGUUGCUCAGGAUCCGGUAUGGAGCUCAGUGUUCACAAAUAUAUUGAAGACAUAAGACUUGCAAAAUUAACUUCCCUUCAAGAAAAAUUCCUGAAACACGCAAUGAAUUCGUUCCCAAAUGCCAAACGCAUAGUUUACAGCACUUGUUCUCUGUUCCCCGAAGAGAAUGAACGAGUGAUUACAAACGUUGUCAAAACUUCAAGGGCAAAAUGGCGGGUACAAGACGUAAAAGAACUGUUAAAAGGCCAAUGGAACAAUUUCGGUUCUGGAAUGUAUGGAAGUAUGGGAAAUAGAUGUCUUUAUGCCAAACCCGAUUCCGAUUUCACUACAGGUUUCUUUUUGGCCGUAUUAGAUAGAGAGCCUCGAGAAUCUCAUGUCGAAAACACUGGAAAUAAUGUUGGACCUAACACUAAAAAUGGCGAAGAAAACAAUGAAACAGGCAACCAAGAAGGAAAAGAAAUGAAACAGAAGCAUAAAAAGAAAAAUCAAAUGAAUUUAACUGAUGCAAUUCAUGUUCAAGAAACAAACGCCGUUGAACCAUCCGUUGAUGAAUUAUCUAAGCAACAAGAACAAGAAAUGAAUCUAAAACAUAAAAAGAAGAAUAAGAAGAGCUCGAUAGAUCUAACUAAUAGUACUGAAGAACCAUCAAAUAAUAAUGAAAUGAAAACUGAAGAAAUUUUAGAUGAGAACAGCAGUAUAAAAAAGAAGAAAAAGCGAAAAAAAGAUAAAACUAAUGAACCAAUGUCGGAAAUUGGUGAUGAUGUUAAUGAUAUAGUAGAUAUAACCAGCAAUGAAGAGUUACAGAAAAGUAAGAAGAAAAAGAAAAAAGAUAAAGAUCAUUAUUUAAAUAAUGAAGAAAACAAUAUAGACGCAGAUGUCAUUGAUGAUCGAAUUGAUCAACCAAAGAAAGAGAAAAAGAAAAAGAGGAAGAGGAAAGACGAUGAAGAAUAUUCUGAGAAUACUAAUGCAGAAUUAAAAAAUGAUAACAUGUCAGAAAUGAAAGAUGACUAUUUAGAUACUAUAGAAAAUGGAGCGAAUGUAAAGAAAAAGAAAAAAAAGAAAUCUAAACAUCACGAGAAUGUGGAAAUUAAUGAUGAUUGUAAUGAUAUUGUUGAAGUUCCUAAGACGAAGAAAAAGAAGCAUAAAGAAAUUUUAGUUGAAAGU